AUGCCAAGAUACCUUGGGAUAGAUUAUCUUGCGGAUGUAAGUUCUUUCCUUUCCCUAAUUUUUAACUGCUAUUUUUUCAGACAAUGGAUUUUAAAACUUGUAAAUCUUUGAAAGUGCAUAAAAAGCUGGACUUUGAAAAUCUCUUUAAGGCUUUGCAGCAAAAAAGAAAUAUGCGAUCUCAGAUGCUGCUCACAAUACCAAGCCAUCUAGAAUAUGUUGAAGCAUAUUCACAUAAUGGAAAAGUUGGAAAAAACAUUGGCCGUUUUCCAUGGAAGAGAGGUAAAAUUUAACAGACGUGCAUUCAUAUGGAUUCAUAACUUUGUUGACGCUUACUUUAUUCAACUGCUCUUUGUUUUCGGGUAGGCUUUCGCGGUUUUUAUAUACCAAGAGAGGAUAAAGCUUUAUCCUCUCUUGUAUUAUACCCAAUGCUAAGAUAAAACACUCACUUCGUUCACUGCAGAAAUUAGUCGGUUUUAUUUUCGCCCAUUCUUUAUCUAAAUUUCCUUAAGCCACGUUAUCUCCACUGAACAUAUACUUUAUCGAAAGCUCUUGAUUUUCAUGAAUUUUAGUUCUACCCGAAAUGAGUGGUUCCUGCGUCCACAAAGGAAAAAUAAAUUCUAAAAAACAGCAAAAACAGUUCAAAAGCAAGAUAUAUUACACAUUUUGGAAACUAGAUUUUCAACGAUAUCGACCUUUUUCGUUGGUUCUGGAAUUUAAGUCCUGAAUGUUUUAGUCUCUUUUCUAUUUUUCAGAAAGCGCCUUUAAGCUGUCCAGUAAACAGCCUGUAGACUACCUGUCACAGCUCACAGGCUCAGUUCAACUUCCAGAGCCGUACAGUUCACAAACCGGAACUGUUGAGGAUAUAGUUCCCAGCUCAAACCCAGACUCCCCUUUAGUAUCUUUUGAAGUGUGGUCCGAUCUAGAAGAAGAGGUUGCAAACUACGUUGUCAGUGCUCUAACCCCUGAUAAAGAAGAGUUUAAAGCUAUAAAUGAAAACCUGAACGGUAAGCAUGUAGUUUUGUUAAUAAAUAAGUAAGUCGGUGAGUUCCGUUGCCGAGGCAGAAAGGAUCCCAGCCAGAACUUGAUUUGCCUGUGUUAUAUCUACUCCUUUAUAUCUAAGCGUGUAGUCUAAAAAAGCGGCCAAUGUUUAUAUUUAUAUAUUCUGUGCAUUGCUGUCUCAUUGACAGAUGAUUCCAUGAAAGACAAAUUAGAGGAGAUGGAAAGCAUAGACUAUUUUCAUGAGACUCUUCAGAGAAUACCUAGAGUCAAGGCAUUAUGUUCAAGAUUAAAAACCAAACCUGUUGAAGAUCCUCUUUUACUGGACAGGGAAGGAAACCCUCUGCAGGAGAAAAAUCUCCUAAGGUAAAUCAAUCUCGUACCCAGAUCUCUUAUUGGCGAAGCUCACCUUCGGCUCGUCAACAAGAGAUCUGGAUACGAGAGUAAGCGGUAAGGUUAAUGCGUGCAUCGGGUCUGCAUCGAACGGCAAAACAGGGACCUGUUUACAUCAUACAACCAGUCUAUUCUUCUGUUCAUUUAGCUCACCAAGAAUAAUCCAAAAAAGAAACUCUUUCAGCAGGAAAUCCUCACACCCUCCCCUUUACUCACCCCCAAUUAAAACGUGUUUUACAAACCUGUUUAAAAUAGUCUGGGACAAAAUACGGUCAAAACGUUUUCAACAUUACUUCAUUUGAUUGGGGUUUUCUAAAAUUUUACUUGCAACCUGCUCUUUAAACUAAAGCCUUUUUGUUAUGUUUCGCGCCCAGAAAUUAACUUAUUGCUAGUUUUAGCCAUUGAGGUACAGCUCUGAUGGUGUGGGAAAAAAAGUAACUUACUGAAUAUUUUUUUAAGGAUGGAAUUUAAAGUAAAUAUCCUGGAGGAAUGUAAAAAGAAGCCAACAAACAAAGACAAAGAAAUAUUCUUGAAGAUUCUGAAUAAUGAUACAGCUAAGGAGGUAAUUAAAUGAAGAUUUUCCGAUACGUUAUAAAAAAGUUGCUGUUUAUUAAGGCCAUAUCGUACCGUAAAAACUAUGCGGCUGCAGGAUCAGAAUCCUGGAGUCAAAGGGGAAUUUCUAUUCUGAAAUGCAGCGUCUCACAAAUGCCGAAGCCAAACGUUAUGUUAAACAUAAUUGCUAAAUUAUGUUAUUACACAGGGUGAUUUUACACUUCACAAUGAAGAAAUCGAGGACAUCGUUAGCCCGGUCAUUCCUUCGGUCCAGCUAACCUGUGCUGUUAAAGCACAACAAUCACUCGGACUACUCAAAGAGACACAAUCUGAAGGUAAGAAAUGUUCGCAGCGUAUAAAGUACAAAACGUUCCUUGUGGCCGUGUCAUUUACGGAAAAAUUACGUUGGUUGCUUUACUUAUAUUUCAUUUCUUUCAUUUCCAGUAGAAAAAUCAGAGCUACUAUCAGUGGGUCAGUUUGCUUUUGAAAACCCUGAGUCCUUUUUGGAUAAGACAGUUACAGACUCAACGAAGAAAAAGAAUGACUUUGUAACGCUGAAUAGUGGUAACUGUUAAUGGUGUCAUUAAGUAACAUUCAUAACAACGCCCUUUGUACUGUAUGUACUAGAUAGAUAAAAAUUAUCUCAAUUUUUGGUCAUUAGAAGAUGAUCCAAAACCUGAAGAUUUCCUGAAGGACCAACAGCUAUUAGAAUCUCCAUCUCACCUCCCAACCUUCCUGGUUACUGACGAAAAUAGCAGGAAGUUUAUCAAUGCUUUGGAAAAGUUUAAAUUGUUGACGGACAUUGAAAGGUAAUCACUGUAAUCAGAGUGUAUUCGACACAACAACAAGUUGCUCUGGCCCAAUGCAAGUUAACAUUUGCAGUUCAACACCCUAAAACGCGUUUAAAACUGAAACAAAUCUUACCUUUGCUCAGAUAUGUUUACAUUUAGUCAGUCAGUUCAAAACCAGUGCUUUUUUUCCUGUUGCAGCCCACCAAUGACACCUACUAAGGUAUCGCAGUGUGUCCAAAGAAUAUGGGAGAAUGAGAAACUUCUCUUUAAUGAACAUUUGGCGAUGGUCUUUCCUGGUAUGUACAUAAUCAUGCGUGAGCAUGCACUAAAUGUUCGCAUACCUCGAAAGCGAACCAAAGUAUGGGAAACCAUGAGCACCCCUUUAUUAAAAAAACAUUUUUCACCUCCUUAUAAUCGCUUAUGUCUAUUUAGGAACAUUUUUUAGUUAUUUGUUCUUUUAAUCUGCUCUUUUGUCACCAUACGGAAUCAGUUUAAGUAAGGCGCUUAGGUAGAAAUGUACAGGCAUUAAUGACUAUAUACCCUAUCUUUUUCUUUUUCUCUUCCAGUACCUAGCACUUCACGAGAAAGAAGAAAGGAACACACCAUGACUUUAGUUCAAGUGGCCUUAAAGAAGUUAACGCUGUCACAAGAGUGCUUGAGUGGACAGUUAGAAUUAGGACUACCAUGGGAUCCUUUGGCUCAGUCAGUGACCGCAAUAGAGACUUGUCGCAGAAAUCUACAACGCCUUUCAGCAUGGAGUGAUAAAGGAGACAAAGCUGAACACCUUGACAUCAGAAGCAGGGCGCUUUCACACUCGGGUGAAACCUUUUGCAAGAAAAAUCUUCAAGGUGAUAAACACCGUAUACACAAUGAUGACAAGUGUUCACAAACAAAAUUGUUUUUGUUAGAGUGCAAGCCUUUGAGAAAAAGAAAAGACUGUAGCGGUUCCAGGUUUUCCGGCCAAGCACGAAAACAAUGAUGAUAAAAUAGCUGCUUAAAGAGAGAGUUUUCAAUACUAUUUCGAGUUCUUCAGUAUCUUUAAAAGUGGUACUAACCCAUCAAAACAAAGGGAAAACUAUCUGAUGACUUUUAGGAUGGCUCAAAAUUUUUUCAUCCCAUUAUCAAAUCAAAACGCGCGAAGGAAAGAAGCUAAAAUUCAAUAAUUAUUUGUUUGCUUUUGUUGCUAUCUUUUAUUACUAGAACUUCCAUCAAAUGAAAGAUUACCACAGACGUCAAUGGAAGAGUCUUCAUGUAAGAUACAAGCCGAAAGACACCCAGGUAAUAGGAUGUUCAACAGAGCUCGACAAUCCCAUAACGUCGUAAUUUAUCAAGAGUUUGCCAAACUACUGCUGACCUUCUGUCCUCGUAGGUAGUUUCCACUUUUGUUUAACAGUUUUGUGUAUCACUUUACAUGACACAGGAAAUGAGUUAGUGCCUACUGCAGCCACGAUUGAGAACCAAAGUACAUUGGACACCUUCAAAGGCCCCGCAAGCAAAGUGCAACGUUCCACAAUCACCAAAUCAGUUGCGACAAAAAGUAGCGUAACUGAAAAAGAGGAAAACAUAUCCUUUGUUGUUCCAAGCACGACCUCCGACGUAUUAAGACAGAAACAAACUUCAACAGGUCUUGAAGACUUUUUACUGCUGAGAAAAGGAAAGCAUGACACUUUGAAGCCACCCAGUCAUCGUCAGUGCACGCCACUAAGUAAGAAAAAAAUGAUAAUAGAAUAACAAUAGAUAAUAAGCAGUGUUGUAAGGUACAGUCAUGGGAGGAACUUUUCAAAUUUUGGUGGUAAACUUAACGCUGACUUUUCUUUAAUCUCCUUUUAAGUCUAUCUCGGUGGUGAAUCUACAAAUAGCUCACAGGGGGAUCCUCCCCAUUGUUUUUAAACAAAAACUGAGGCCCAAAGGGCCUACCGCCAAGAGCGCCCCCACCCUCCCAACCCUUACUUCAAGGUCUGAAUCCGCCACUGUUAUCUCCACUCUGCCACUGUGAUCUCUCUUCUGUAAUCUCCACUUCCCCCACCGGUCUAGCACACCAGUUGGUAAUUUGUACCACCAGUUACUUAAUUGCAAAAUAUUUCCUCCGUUAACUUCUUUCUUACUUUUAGAAACAGUCGUGAAGGCGGCAAAGGUUCGCCCGUCCGUCUUUACCAAAGAUACAAGUGUAUCAGACCAGACAGCACCUACAGAACCUGCCGAAGAAACAAAAGGCUCUGGGUGCCAAGUCCAGCAGCAAAACAUAAUCGUUGAACUUUCAGACGAGUUCCAAGAUGUCUUAAAUGAGUUGAUCGCACAAGUGAGACCCCUUCUGAGUAGGCUUCAAGACAAUGGUGUCAUUCCACAAUCCAAGACACUGUCCACCUUGAAUCCAGAAUACACAAGAUUUGUGCUAAAGCAGGCUGAGAUGGCUGUAAGAAAUACAGAGGAAAACAACCUCGAAACUCAGAUAUUUUGCAUGACUGUGUGCUUACAUGCGUUGGUUUCCUGUGUUGAUAUUCUCAUGCAGAGUGGUUUAGAAGCAGCGAUAGGUAAAGCAAUCCUUCAUUUGGUGGCACAGUACUCAUAGUAUACUCACUAGACAAAUACUCAUUUAAAAUAAAUAGCACUGCUACCUAUCUAUUUACAGCACCCAUAGUAUCUGGACAGACAAUAACAGAUAAAGCGUCUUAUCCAUUCAAAUUAUAGCCUCACAAACAGCCGUUCUUGUCUCGUCACGUCUCGCUCCUCCCUGGAGUCUAUUUAAAUCAAAUCCCUUCGGUAAUCCCCAUGCUUCACUUUCCAGCAACGAAUGUUUGUCUUCAUUGACAUCAAAGAAUCAGUGUAGGCUCUAGUUUGAAAGGUAGUUCAAUUUUAUAUUGCGCCCACUUCAUCUGAGAUUUGUUCCGCUAUUAUGUGGAAAGGUACAUCAUAUAAGUGCGUUCAUUUCAUUGGAGGUUAUUGCCUUCUACCUUAUUCAUUGCAGCAUACCUAAGCUCAACUCAGGAAAAGUAUGGCGGUUCAUUACUCGGAGCCCUCGAGUCGACACGAAGAUAUCUCUUUGAAACACACUUCACUUUCCGGCAACGGAAGGUUCUGCACCCCAAGCUUUUAAAGUUGCUUGGUCUUGCGGCACAGUGGAGUAAAGAAGGAAAUGCAAGUCGCUUAACAGCAGCAAUCUUUACUUACGCUUUUCCUCAAAAUUUAAACAACGAAAUCAUUGAAACCCUUUCAGGUGUGAAUGGAGUUCAAGUGAGGCUAUAUACAUCAGCUACGGAGAUAAAUGAAGUAGUUUGUGAUGGAAACCUAGUUAUUUAUGUUGUAAGCGCUCUUUCUGUUACCGAGGACUUUCCCUGGGGCAGUUUUGACUUCGUGCUAGACUAUGACCUCAACGCCGUGAUGAGAAGAGAACAACUUUCUCGUAGCCGUAGACUUAAAGCCCACAUAAACCUGAGAACAAAGGCAGAAACUCAGUUGGAUCAAAAUCGUGCCCUAGAAGUGCAAGGCAAGUUUUUUGUACCUCAAUAUGUAUAAAUAAAUAAUAACAAUUUUCUAAUGACGAUAUAAACUAAAACAUUACUUAUCAUUAGUACCGCCUCUCCCUAUGCUAUAUAGCAGUAUUACCAUAACAAAUUUUCUAGAACAAGUUACUUGCUAGGAACACUAGCUAGAAAAUAUAACGUAGCAAUAGGUUCUAAGGAGACUCCUUAGACUCUUGUUAAACUUAAAUAGCGGCAUAUCAAACAAGAAUACACUACCCUCCGUAUUUUCUUUUGUACUUUGCAAUGCUCCAACAUCACUCCAACGUUCCAGUUGGCAAGGCAAGACUGCUUCACCUGUCUUCUUUUGUGUUUGUGCUAUGCCUUUCCAGGCAUCUAUGACCAACACUGAGCAAAACUUUACUUAGUAAUCCGAUUGUAGAUAAUACUGAGUUGUAAUUUUUACCCCUAUAAGGAAGAAGGCCAGUGCGCACUGAAAAAUUUUCUUAUAGAGAGCUACAACGAAUAUUUUCCUUACAGGCAGUGGCCCCCACUUCAGAGAAAUACAGGUCGAUGACCAAUUUAUAUUCAUCGGCAGCGAUAAAACUACACUUCAUGUAGAUCUACUGCAGCUCCUCGAGACAAAGCAUAACGUACUGAUUUACGAAAGACAGUACAGUUAUCCCAGACCGAGAGAUCCCUUAACCAAGAUGUGUUUACAGCCAGAUAUAAUGAUAGACGAGAGGACCUGCAUUCAUCUACAGCACCUACCUUCUUUGGCUGAUGAAGACAAAUAUGAGGGUCUCAGAGACACUGUACUUUCAUUGUCUCUUAAAUGCAUUAAGUGUUGUGUUAUUCUGUAUUCCAGCAAGGAACCAGAGUAAGUUGAUACUAGCUACUGUAGUCAUAAAUAGAACAAAUAGAACUAAGAAGCGAUCCCCCGCGCAAGACAAAAACAAAUUUUGAGGACUAAACUAGUGACAAGUACUAAGGAAAAGCUACGUUCUUCGUUAUAUUAGCGAGCUACCUCUUGUGACAGCGAUAUUUAACAAUUAUUCCUCGAGCCCGAAUGGGCUCUGAGUCAAUAGCCCAUGAGGCCGAAGGCCGAAUGUGCUUUUGACUCAGAGGCCAUGACGUUGAGAGGAAUAAUUGUUUUAGUAAAAUCCAACUAAUUGGUCAAAAAAUAUCGAGACAAAACAACGUUAGCUCAAAGCGAGGCUUUAAUCCUUUUUUGCCGCCAAAAAGCCGGCGCUUUGCGCUACUAGUGGGUUAUAACAUAUAGCCUUGUAGUAGCUCAACCAAUCAGAACGCAGCAUUGAUGGUAGACCACUAGUUGGAUUUAACUAAAUAGUGAUAGAAAGGUAGCCGUGCGAAUGAUAAUGCUAAUGCUGAGCCGGAUGUUGUCGACAGUAUAUGAUGCUGGUAAUGAGCAGUUGAUAGGAAAAUAAACGCGUUUAUUAAAUUUAGGCUAAGUAUGACAAGGGUUCUCCGUUGAAAUAACGUUCAUAUAUGCUCACUCAUUUUACUGUGAUUAAUUGGAAAAGUCUUGUUUCGAUUCCCGUCAGAUAUGCAUUCACUGGAGAUGUUAUUCGCCAUUUGUCUACCCUGUUUGCUAGCAUUGCGCAUUUUCAAAAGAGUGACUUCGAAGUGGAGAUUAUCUAUUCGUUUGCUGUAGAGGAAACCGCUAAACUGAUAAGACAAAUAGGCGAAGUGAGUAGAGCCCAGUCAGCAGUGUGGAAAAAGCAGGAAUGGAUCAAAAGAAAAUGGCUGACAAACGAGGCCAGCGCGGUAAGACAAUUCGUUUGAUAUCAUCCCGUCCAGUACAAAUCCCUUUUUAACUUGCUUGAUUGCUCUGAAAUGCAAUCUACACAGGUAAAUGCUCUUCUGAAACAUUCCGUUUCAAGAGUGUACGAAUUGUGUCUGGGAUUUAAGCUUAUUUCUUUACCUUCUCUGUAUUACAUGGUCAACAGAACUAUUCGACAAAAAGGAGCUCACAGGAUGAGCGAUAGUACUUUCCUUAAAACCUCGGAUACCUUGACAACUCUGACUAACUAAAACAAUAUGUAUUUCCUCGGAAGAUUUCAGUGAACUCUGUGUUAAACUUUUCUUACUGUGUUAGAUUCUUCCUCCCAAAUUAGUGUUUUUUCGCCUUUGCUAGUUUCCACGUAAUAGUAACUGCUUUUCGCGUACGCUUCAACGGUUUUUGUCUUAUGUUAUUGAAACAUUGAAAACGUUGAAAAUUAUUCGCUGUUUGUAACAGUAAUUGAUGGAGAGUUUAUAUUUGCUAACUUGGUGGUACUAUGGUUUUCAGCAUGAAAAAUUCCUGCUGUCCCUUCCAUGCAUGAAUUCAUUCAGGUAAGCUAAAGGGAUUGAGUCACGCCGUACAAGCUGAAAACUUCAGCCCCUCCUUUAUUUACUCGUUUAUCGUCUAUUCCAUUCUCUCCUUUAUUAUCUCGCAAAUAGAAAAAACCCAGAUUUCUCCACCAAUGUUGACACUAGAAUGUUCCUUCCCUUUUCAGUGCUCAAGUGAUGCUCACUGCUGCUCCAUUAGCUACACUGCUGAAAAUGACCCUCACAGAACUGAAAGAAACUUGCCCUUGGAUUCCUCAGCGAAUUCUAACGGUAUGGCAGUAGCUUGAAUCAGUUUUCACAUUAGACAUGUUAGAAAAUCACGGUACUUAACGGUAGUCAUUACCCAUUUUCAUCAGUCAGUUCUUCCUCCUUGAUUUUCGAAUAAUCUAUGCCUUUCAAGCUUAUAUGGUUCUGUUUAAAGACAAUGGGCAUUUCGCAGCACACCAUAGAAAUAUCUCUUUACAUUGAGUUAAAUAAUCAGUUUAUAUCCUGGACAAGUCUUUUUGUGCUGCGGUUUCUGGCUUAUCCAUGGAAAUACGCAAAGGACAAGGCUUUUCUUGUGUAAUAUAGUAUUUUGUUGACACUUUAUCUAACAAGUAUAAACUAGUAAAUAUCAGUCAGCAAUCGUUUAUGCUUAAGGCGAAAAUAAAAAGUGCCCUAACUCACUAGGAUAAGGCGAUUUAUUAUAAUAUAUAUAUAAUAUCAACAAUACCAAAAUUAAUGCUUUUUUAUCUUAGGAAUUUCACAGAACUAUUAACUGGUGUUCUGAAUUGAACGAUUACCACACAGCUUAUCCCUGUGUUCGGCCGGUACAGAAAAUAUUUCAGCAGUGCAAACAGAUAUCAGAAAGCAGAUACAACGAACAUAUAGACGAAGCAUCACCUUUCCAUAUGGCAACUACGCCCUUUAAUUCGUCACCAGAUAGCGUGGUUACCAACACAAGCGAUUCCACUACAACAUGGAUGGAUAACAUUGAACACAAUGGUGACUUACUGCAGGAAAUCAUAAGAAAUGCUGAUAGCGAUAAGAGUUACUAUAACUGGUCUUAUAAAGGUGAUAAACCCACGACUAUUGCUGUACCAGAUACCUCAGUAACUGUGGAUAGACCUAAUAUUUACGUAUCUCAAAAGGAUUGCAUUGGAGCGCACCAUCGACAGAACGGAGACUGUUCGGUUGAUCAAAGCUCUGUUGACAAUGGCUGGAAAUCUUUAAUGGACAAGAACUCUUCAGCGUCAUUGGAGGACCGUGUUGCCCUGGAUUUAAAACGAUGUAUUUCAGGGGUAAAGGUAAACGUGGGCAAAAUAGCGGUUGACUAUAACAGUCUUCAAAGUCCUUGUUCGACUUUGAAAAAACACUUUUUUGUAAAUUUUAAACAAGAACUGGAAGAUAAAGUAGUGCUUGCUGUGUAGCACUGAAAUUAAAUGUCACAGGUAAAGACAUUUUGAUUUCAGAAUCCUUCAGAAAGUGCAGAGAAUAGCUAACGUCAAAUAUCACCCUUUGAAACCACAGUAAUAACAUAUGAUAUGCAGGGUUGUCACUAAGGGCCGGGGGCCGGGGAUUUCCCCCGGCUACUCAGAGCAUGGCCCCGGCUACUUUCGUCGUUAAAUUAAACCAAAAGAGCACACCUUUGACACACAAAGACUAUCCAUCCAACUAAAUGCAAGUUUCAUCUGCAGCAGGUAUAAGUAAUUUUGAAAUACUCGCGUGCAAAAACUACGAAAUGUCGGAAAAAGACAUCUGACUUAGAUUUGGUACUGGUACACACGUGCGUAAACUCUCCGUUCGCGAAAUGUCAGUAGGAAAUUUCAGCAACGACGACGGCGACGGCAACGAGAACGUCAAAAAAGCAAUAGGUUUAUUAGGCAAAACAACUAGUUUGCACGUGCAUCACGCUUUUUUGUACAUUUCUUUGCCGUUACUGCACGACUGCGACGUGAAAAUGCCUAGUUUCACGUUUUAUGGAGGAUGUAAACAAGCGACGACAAACUUUUCUUUCUCUUUCUAAACUUGAGUGCGGUCCCCAAGAAAUCAACCCCAGGGAAAUUGACCUACAUCAGCUAUUUUCAGCGACGGAAUUGAAAUAAACGCGACAAAGUUGGAAAAAACGCCAAUUCAUUUUAAAAGUGACGUUUUCGCUGCCGUCAUCUUGUCGAUGUUAAAAGUCCCCAGUUUCAAUUAGUUUCAACCGUUGUGUCGGCCUUGUGUUGAACAUGUCGAAGAAGUGGCAAAGGAAUCUGCACUCUUUGUUCACGAUGAAAGACCUGAGCAGAUCUAUGUUGACAUCACAGAAGAAGUUGAGGCUUCAUCCGAGCGUUAAAUCUCCCUGAUGCUGUUGUUGAUGAUAAUGAGGAUUAUGAUGAAGGCUUUGAAGAUGAAGACCCUGACUGAUUGCUAGGUUUAAUAAAUUGACAUUUAAGUGACCAGGUCUACAUUUCGCUUUGGGUAUCGAGUAUAUAAAAUAACGCACGGUCAACGGGAAAUGUUCGAUCACUGUCUCUUGUCGCAGGUCAUGAUCACAUCCUCUCAGUUCUACUUCAAAGAAGUUAUAUAUAGAAGGGAAGUUAAGCAUUAGCAUUGCUUUUUGCAUUCUUCUCCUUGAGUCUCGUUUUGACAUCUCAGCGUCGUUUAUAAAGUAUUAGCCGUCUUUUAAACGCUUUUACGUGGGUCAGUUUCUUCGUAUGUUAAGUGAUGUUUCGUUCCUAAAUUCGAGACCACUAAUGUUAUCAGUUAUGCAGUUUAGUUUUGCCAUAUUUUAUCCCGCGAUUUUUCGUACGUUACGCUUGUUUUAGCCUUAUCAUACUUUUAUUUUUCAACAAACUAUGGUAACCUUAUGUUUAUGAUGCUUUUUCGUACAUUCAUCGUACGCUUGUCUUCUUUCUGCUUCUCCGUGGGUUAAUUCAUCUGUAAUAUUAGUUUUACUUUUGUUUUCCGUAAGUUGUUUCGUUGUUACGUAUAACUAAAUGAGGAUUUACAAUUGAUUUCACAGCGCAUGUUAAUUCAUUUGCAGCAAAAACUUAUUAUUUUAGUGUCUCAGAAUGUUGUAGUUUUCUUUGAUAAAGACGUGAUCAUCAUAAUAGCUGUAUGAUAGCUGUACUCUCGGUAACGCCUUUUGGAAAACGGUAGAAGUUGCACUUCAAAAACUUCUUGGGGGGGAGGGGGGGGAGACUCCAUGACUGCUUGCGACUUCCCCGGCUACUAACAACAAAUACCCGGCAACUUGAAAUCUUAGUGACAACCCUGAUAUGGGGUGAGGCAAGAGUACUAAACAGCCUACUUACCAUUCAACCUCGUUCCCAAGGGAAAGGCAAUGUUACAAGGAUGUUCCCAUCUCUUGUGCUCGUUCUUUUGAGAUUCCGGAGGCUUUGAUUUCUUUCCCCUUCCACAUUUUUCUUGUCCACAAUUGCAAAACCUAAUCAUAUCUAUUUUUUUUAAUCAAAGUUACCCGACAACCGCUAUGAGUUCAAUCCAUAUCCUCAUCUCAACCCCGACCAAUACCUGUUGACGAAAGAUCCAGCAGGUCCUCACUCUAGAGAAGGUUUUGCCGCUAAGGUUCGUUGGAGACCAGAGAACUUCAGCCAAAGUCAGUCGAGAACGGCUGAUAAAUCGUACGUUUUGUCUACUGGCAGAAAAUCCGGCUUUACAGACUUGGGAUUUCCUGGGAAGGCCAACUCGUCUAUUUUUCACACAGCUGUGGACAAUACAGGGCGUCCUCCAUUGCGUGAUGCAGAGCAACAAUACCGCGUUGAACCUCACUCGGGAAUAGGCCGAGUGCAUCAAAGACAACAGAAACCAGACUGUUAUUCACGAACGGAUUCUAAUGCUCCGCAAGCACAUCUGAAGAGUUCGAUGGGAAGAGAUCUAUCUGGCAAUCGCACAAGGUCAGUCAACUCGAUCAUAGAAAGUCCCGCAAAGAGAACCGUUUUAACCUUAGAUCUCAGGUCAGGGGCACCCAACGAGAAUAUAGUUCAAAACCACUUAAACAUAGUAUUGUUAAACGUAUUUUAGUAUUUAAACGGUAGAUAUAGGCAUAUUUUUAUCCCCUAAAAAUUUUUCAUCUGUUCGGAUUUCCUAGCUGAAAGUCUAGUGAUCCGAAAGUUAUAGGGAUCAAAACUUACCUUUUCGAAAAUUUCAGCCAGAAAAAAGGCUCCCGAAAAUUCUAGGUGACCUUUUUAGGGUAAAAAUCCGUUAAAAAUAAGCAAUUAUACCAUUUUUUAGAUGUUCGAAAAUCUUAGGAGAGGCAGGCAAGCAAGAAAUUUUGCAACAAAUGUUUCGAAAAUUCUAGAUCUCAAAUCGUCUUCCGAACAGAUAUUAUUCCGAAAAUUGCCGUUGGGUGCCCCUGUCAGGUUAACUGGGUACGAAUUUGAAAACCUCCUCGCAUAGUCUGCAUACAGGUCUCUUACUUCCUUUGUUGCUCGCGGGCAACAAAUGAACUAGAAGACGUCUGCACGCCGGUAAGUGGGUACAACGACUGCACACUGACCCAUGGUAUCCAUUGAAGGGAAGCAAACACUCAUUAGGGCCUCUGAUGUGGUGAACAAUAUUCCUCGCACCUACGAUGACCUUGCUUGUUUCAGUAUCGAUUCCACGUAAACAUAGUACUUAUUUCUUUUUGUACCGCCAUUUCUUCAUGGAUGCGAGCUGAUAUAAGAAUUAUCUUGUUUAGACUGUGAGGUGCUUGAGCGUGACUGAUUGUUUGCACUUUUUGUUUUACAACACUCAUAUGAAGUUUACUUGCGUACAGGCAUCCCGUGCGUGUUCUAAACCUAGGAGAUGAGAACUUCCAUGUGCCGCCUACAAAGGUGGGAAUCGCUCAGCCACAGAGGCGCACUUAUUGUUUAGCUGGUCAGGUGUUGGGAGAGAACAGUGUCGCCAGUCAACACAAGAGAUUUAGCCUUGGCAUUGAGAAAUCCACUGGCGCCAAUACAGAGUCUAUUUCUCAAAGGGUAAGUGGACAA